CAUACACUUAAACACUGAGAAAAGGUAAUUUCUAGUCAGAAAGAUGGCAAGGAAUCUGAAGAAGGGAAUCUUCUCUGAACUAUCAACGAAUGUAAAACCUAAAGACUCCGCUCUCCGUGAAGCCUGCAUGGCGGGGAACCUGGCAGUUGUAAAGCGGAUAGUAACAGCAGGUGGGGCGGACCUCAACUCUAGGGACCGAUUCGGAAUUACACCGGUGCAGGCAGCAGCAUGGUAUAGACAUAAAGACGUAGUGGAGUUCCUUGUGAGUAAAGGAGCUGAUGUGUCUCUGGUGGACGGUGCCGGUAACAACAUCCUCCACUAUGCCUGUUGGGGAGGAGAUGAGGAGACGGUGAAGUUUGUUCUCUCACAGAAUUUCGCGGACAUUAACGCCAAGAACAAGUCGGGGGAGACGGCAACCGACAGGGCGAGAUCCUGGAGAAUUUAUGAAGUGGUUGAUCUCAUGGUGUCCAGUGGCGCUCAAUGAAGUGAAUGUAGGAUGUGUGCAGAAAGCGUAUUGUGUUUGAGAGACAUAUUGUGAGACACUUUGUCGUUUGUUUAUUUGAAACUUUCCAUGAUCAGGUAAACGGACCAUUGUAACUGACCUUUUGAAUGGCGUACCGGGACGACAUCGCUCGAGAUCAUGUUCUACCCUUUGUGCAAAUGCAGCGCCGUAACGUCACGUUGCAGCAGCAUAAUGCCCGCCGACACGUUAUACGUGUAGUAACAAGUCUUUUUAGGCGGCAUAACAUUGUGGUCGGCUAUUUCUCCAGACCUCUCCCCCAUAGAACAUGUUUGGGAUGAGAUAGACAGGACAGAACUAGCCGGUAAGGCUAGCUCAGUUGGGCCAAUCUUUGUUUGACAUUUGGCAAAAAAUCUCCCACGAACUUACGAACUAAUGGGACAAGCAAAACGGCCAGACAUGCUGGUUUCUGUUUCUACAUUUGUACCACAAUCAGUCAUUGUUGAAAUGUAACCAGCAGUGACCACGUAAAGCAACGAAAAAUGACAAAACCCUUUCCACAAUCAAGAGGCAUCUGUAAGUACGAUUCCGACUACAGCUUAAGCAUCUUCUUAUCAAUGACUAUCAAUCAGUGAUGAUAUCACGUUAUCGCGAAACUUUGAGCGUAUCAUGCGCCAUAAGUGGCACCCAUCACAGAUACAUGCAAAGGCAAGUCAUUUGUUCACCUGAAAAAACACAUGUGGUACAGCUCAGAACAGGGAACUGGAUCAGGCAUCAUUUUUGUCACUGAUGUGUCAUGUUUGGAAAUGUCCUCCACAUGUCCACCAUAACAUUCUGGAAAGCUUUACUUAGGCCUUGUGUGUAGAAACCCGGAUCAAACAUCUUUCCAACAAGAGUCCUAUGCCGAUCUUUGACAUAUUUAGUAGAAAGAGCAUGUUCAAAGAGAUCUAAAUAUGAAACGGAUGAUGCCUCCACGCCGUCGCUACAUGCACUGGUUGUCUCCCCUGUGGUGUAACACAUCCUCCACGCCGUCACUACAUGCACUAGUUGUCUCCCCUGUAGUGUAACACAUCCUCCACGCCGUCACUACAUGCACUGGUUGUCUCCCCUGUAGUGUAACACAUCCUCCAUGCCGUCGCCACAUGCACUGGUUGUCUCCCCUGUGGUGUACCACAUCCUCCUUACCGCCGCUACAUGCACUGGUUGUCUCCCCUGUAGUGUCACACAUCCUCCACGCAGUUACCUCUCUCAGUGUGUGUGGAUAAUACACUCAUAUAAUGAAAUCAAUUUGACUCGGUCACAAUGUUAAACAUCUAUACUUUUAUAGAAUAUGUGUUUAAGGUAUGUACACCUGCUUGUCCUGUCAUAUGACAUAAGGUUCGCUUUUUGUUUAAAGAGCUGAUCAUGAUCACACACUGCGUAAAGCGAAUAUAAAGCCACUUACAUUUUUAUACACAUCCGGCAGCUACCUCUAUCAGUCUGUUUGGAAGUCUUUAUAAUAUCUCCUGUGAGGUGGUCUGUGAACAUUCUUUCAUUUUAUGCUUAGAAUCCUUGGGUCACAUUGACGAAAAAAUCUUCAAACACUAGAGCCAAGCCAUGGUUGACGAAAAGCUGUUUAUUUUACA